AUGGCCGACCACCACGACGACGACCUCACUGCCACCAAGACCGAGGGUUUCAAGGUGGGUGAGAAGAAGACAAUCCAGGAAUACCAGGAACUUGAUAAGAACGAUGAGUCCCUGAACCGCUGGAAGGCAUCGCUGGGCCUAAACACUGGCACACCCAUUGCCGAUCCCAAUGACCCUCGCAAGUGCAUCAUCAAGUCACUGGCACUCGAGGUCGCUGGCCGCCAGGACGUCGUGAUCGACCUGUCGAGCGCUGGUGCCCUGGAAACCCUCAAAAACAAGCCCUUUACCAUCAAGGAGGGGGCCAAGUUCCGCAUCAAGGCUGUCUUCCAGGUCCAGCAUGAGGUGUUGAGUGGUCUCAAGUACCUGCAGGUGGUGAAGCGCAAGGGCCUGCGGGUCAGCAAGGAUGAGGAGAUGUUGGGUAGCUAUGCUCCCAACACGACCGAUAAGACUUCAUAUGAGAAGCGAUUCAACGAGGAAGAGGCCCCCUCUGGCAUGAUUGCUCGGGGUCACUACAACGCUGUCUCCAAGUUCCUGGAUGAUGACGAGCACACCCAUCUGCAGUUUGAGUGGGCUUUUGACAUUGCCAAGGACUGGUGA